CUUAUGCCGGGUCCACCACAAUUGCCACCCUUGUUUAAGGGACAGCAAAUUAAGACAGGGCCAUAUACUGUUACUGUCACCGAUGAAAUGGUGACACAAAGAGAAAGAGAGAACCAGGAAUUGUACAGAGCGUGGCUUGAACAACAACAGAGAAGAGUAAUGGGUCCGGAUGGAGAUGGAUCUGAUUACAUAGGCGAUUUUAAAGAGGAAGGAGUGAGAAGAAGUUUUGUUAGAAAAGUCUUCUUGAUAUUAACACUUCAGUUGUUAUUUACAGCAUCUGUCAUAGCAGUUUUUCUGUUUGUGGAUGCUGCUAAGAAGUUCAUGAUACUACAUUGGUACUUGUGGAUCAUAGCCUUUGUAUGCUUUACCAUAUCCUACUGUGCUGUGUCUUGCUCUGAAAGCGCUAGACGGAAAGCACCCUAUAAUUAUAUAUUGUUGUGCAAACUGACAAUAGCCCUUUCGUAUUUAGCUGCUUUCACAUCUGUCUCUUAUGAGGUUGAAAUCAUCUUAAUGGCACUAGGUAUGUCAGCAGUCAUAACGUUUGUAGUAGGUGUUCUGGCAACAUUCUCAAAGUUUGACUUAACAAUGAGAACAGGACUCGUGAUGAUUGUUGGAUUGGCUUCUGUGCUUGGAAUUUUUGUAAUGAUGAUAAUUCUAAUCUUUACGUACAUUAAAGUGUUGCACAUAGUGAUGUCUGUUAUAGGAAUGGUCUUCUUGUCGAUGUAUUUGUAUUUUGAUGUGCAAACAAUUAUGGGUGGCCGGAGAAUAGAGAUAGAACCGGAUGAAGUUGUCUUUGCAACAGUACAAAUUUAUGUUGACAUUGUGAUGUUGUACCAAUAUGUGCUAAUGUUUAUGGGAUUAAUGCAUGAUAAUUAA